AAAAGGACCCACAGAAGAUCUCGAAAGUACAAUGUUUCAAGACCUCUCAAAAUAUAUCAUCAAAAAUGGAGACUACCCUGUUGCUCAUGGCGGGUUUGGGAAGAUCUGGAAAUGCACCUUGUACAAAGAUCCUAGCCCCAUCAGAGUCGCCGUGAAAGCAUUGCAGUACGUCGAUGAUCAACUUGGACCAGCCAAGACCAAAAUGAUUCAGAGGAUUAUGCAUGAACUGAGGAUAUGCGCCAAGCUCAAUCAUCCAAAUAUCCUACGCAUUUAUGGUUAUACCCAUGGCUUCGGCCCAUUUCCAGCAAUAGUCAGUCUUUGGGCGGAGAACGGCAACUUGACAGUCUAUUUGAAGCUCCAAGGUGCGGCUCUGACUCUCGUUCGGCGAUUCCAACUGCUAAGGGAUAUCAUAGCUGGUCUGCGAUAUCUCCACACCAACAAUGUCAUCCAUGGCGACUUUAAUGGGCCUAACGUGUUGAUCCACGGUGAUGGCACCGCGUGCAUUGCUGACUUUGGCCUUUCCUUGAUGUACUCCGAGUUCAUAAGCGCCUCUCAGGCUUCCCAUACGUCCACGAUCAAAGGAAACGUGCGAUGGAUGGCUCCUGAGCUACUCGUAGUGCGGGAUGAUGGUACUCAGGUUCGGCCAAGCAAGCAGAGCGACAUGUAUUCGUUUGGCGGUAUCACGCUGCAGGUCCUCACCAACAAAGCACCCUAUUAUUACCUCACGAACGAUGCCACCAUCAUACUCCGCAUAGCCAAGUCACAAACGCCCUCUCGAUCUCGUUAUCCUGAGCUUCUUGAGCAAUACUGGCCAUUCAUCGAGCAAUGUUGGUCUACUAAUCCUUGGGGCCGUCCCUCGGCGGAGGGAGCUGACGAAGCGAUCAGGAGUGAAUUUGACUCGCUGUCCAGAUCUCGUUGAAUCUUGACUAUCUCGCAUUCAGAAAUUAUUUACAAUAGAUAAAACGAGAUACUGUAUAUUAAUCAUAGGCCUACUCCAGUAUCCUCUACACUUACGGCCGCAAUGAGGAAACAUUGGUUGCACAGUCA